UAGCUUUUAUUCUGAAACGUCUCUCCGGAACUCGUCGCGUGUAUCCGGUUUGUCUUGACAUGGGUGUAACGCACACGGGCACGCAGUAACGUUUUCCAGCGGACCCCCCUUCAGCAGCUGAACUUGAGUAAAGAUUGAUUCACGUCGUGUCGUUUAGCGCCGACAUGUCGCACACCGUCAUCACCACCACACCAAGCAGCAGGACAUCCGGUGACGGUGUCCUGAACGUGGGCUACACCCGCACCAUCCCGGGACUGCUCAAGAUGGGACAGCUGGUCGCCCUGCUCAUCGUCUUCCUGUGCGUACACUGUGUCCGGGGAUGGCCCAGCUGGGCGGCCUUCCAGUACUUCGAGGUGGUGGCCCUGUGGUUCCUCAUCGCCCUGCUCAUCUUCUUCCUCAUGCACCUGUUCAGACUGCAGGGGAAGAUGCCCUGCAUCAACUGGCCGCUGACGGAGUUCUUUCAUUACUCCGUCGGCACCGUCCUCAUCUUCAUCGCCUCCAUCAUCGCUGCUGUGAAGAGUGAAGGAGUUUCGGCAUUGGUGGUUGCAUCGGUGUUUGGGUUCAUAGCGACGUUCCUCAUGGCCGUUAGUUUGUGGACAUCUUACAGUGUGGCCUGCGGCUCUCAUCAGACUGGUGCAGCAGUCUAAUGAGCGACCUGUCUUGAAGGAAACGGGUGGCUGUGUUGGCAGUUUGCUUUGCCCUGACCAAUUUUCUGCCACAUGCAACCACUUGGAUAAAUCACCUGAUUGGAGAGGUUUGAUUGCAGAUUGCAGAGGUAAUGGAACAGCUGAUCCAGGACCAGUCGUUGUUACAUAAAUAUUCCUUAUUAACACAGAAAGGACAGUAGUUACAUUAGUAUUCAGAUAUUACUCAGUACUUUUUAUUUUCUCACGUUGAAGGUGCUCAGUGUCACAUUUAAUCAUCAGUGUAUCAAUAACACAUUUGGUAAAAUCACGCCACGUCAUGUGGUAUUGUUGGACUACAUUUUCCAUCAGCCCUGCUGCUUCCUGCCCCAACGUGCUUGAGGUUAACAUUUUAAACUUUUUUCUCCGAAGUUUCUCUCCUCCUUCCCCAUCAGAGCUUUAAAGUUCUGAGUGAACAGCGCCCCCUUCCUGUUGUGUGCCAUAAAGCACCCCUGACGAUUUCCCCCCGACGUGUCACAGGUCUGAAUGUAGGCCACAAUCACAUCUCUGACUCACAAUUCAUUUGAUCGUUUCCUCCUUUCCUGCUUUUUUUACUCACUAGCCCAGUAGAAACAGUCUGGACCAGUUGUGUUCAGCUGUUUUUAAACUCACUUUUCUUAAACGGCCAUCUAUGAAAUGAGGCUCAGUUUAGCCCUUUUAGCUUGCUACGCAAUUUUUGCUAGCACACUUAAAUAUUUGUUUGCAAAGAUUCUCCUUAUUUAGUGUGCUAACAAACAUUAACACGCUAACUUUUUAUGGAAAAUAAAUGGCAUGCUGAUGACUUUGUUAGCAUGCUAAAACAUCACUCAGGGGCUAAUAUUAAUGUGUGCUAAAAACAACAGCAUGCUAACACUCCAUGUUAACUGAAACAACAUUAGCAUGCUAACAAUGCAAACAAAAAAAACAAGAGAAGAUGCUGGGUCUGUUUCAGAACAAGUCUGGUGAUAAUCUGUAUUUUUGUCAACAAAUAUUGUCAGAACCAAACCAUUGCUGAGCUUGUGCCAUUCACAUGUGGACUCAUCCGCCACUGAAAAUAGUUCCCCUACAGUGAGCCGUUGUAACAUCUAAAUUAAUUAUUUGUCUUCAGUAGGAGCCAAUGAGCUCCGAGGUGAGGGGCCAUCCUCAGAGACAGACUGACGUGUUGUUGUUUUUAUUCUGUUCUGUUUGUUGACGAGAAGAAAAACAGAAUAACGCCAGCAGCACCCCGGCAACAGCAGGCUGGUUUUACGACUGUGCUGAAAACAAUCAUUUAUGCUAAAAUAAUCAUUUAGUUUUACUGAAGUGAAGGAAGUUGUCGUUUGUGUGUUCAGGCAUCACGUUUACGUCUCAUAGGACACGUUACCCGUGGAUAUUAGCUUCAGCAGCAGCAGUUCAGUAUCGACCGUUUAUGUAGUGUGUCUACAAUAUGCUGUCCACCUGUCAACUGUCUUUGGUGCCUUUAAAGAACAACCUUUAACCCUUCUGAAUUAAGUUAACUCAGAAAGCGCUGCAGUAACAGUCCACAAUGAAGUGAAUAGGCUUAAUGGUGUCUGUGGAGCCAAGCAGCAGGACAAACGACUGCUGUGGAAAUCUUAAUGAAGCCUGCACAGAUGAAUGAAAUAAAACAUGUCAGGAGAACAACAAAAUAUACAGGUAUUAGGGAAAUUGACAUACUGAUUAAUGAAAUGUGCCUAUAGAUUAUUUUAAGUAAGCGCAUGGUUUAUACAGAGACAUAAAAAAAGUUCACAUGUACUCAUCAAACUUGUAUGAGUUAAUUUCUCACAGACUGAUUAAAAUGGAUCAAUAAAUCUGACCUCUCACAGAUUGAUGA